AGUCUCCUUUCUACGAUGCCUACAAAAAGCUUGACAACAGGGUGCUACAUGUCAAAGAAGCCUCCAGCACUGAAUGUUAGCAAUGGAACAUCCUUUUUUAAGGUACUUCUGUAGCCCCCCAUCACUGGAGUCUCUGAGCACCUCCCAAGAAUUUAAACAGAGAUAGCAACAUCUGCACCUGUCUCUUCCUUUCCCCUAGUUAGAAAUCUAAAUUGAUUAGCUUAUGGCAUUUUAAAUAUGAUUCUACACUUUUUGUAGCAUGUAGUUCCAGUCCUGUUGAGAUCCCCACAUCUAGGAGCAGCAAGAGACUCCCAAUGAUAGGUGUAAAUACAGUUUGGUGACCAGGAGAAGUCUCCAUUGGCUCCAGGAACACUGAUCAGAUUCAUGAGCUUUUGGGAAAUGCAUUUACCACUGAGAAGGCGGCUUCAGAGGAACUGGGUUCUUUUCCUACUGGCCUUGAUGUUGGCUUUUUCCAUCUAUCAGCUUCUCUGUGGCCCUAAAAUUCAUUCAGCACCUUGGACAGCAUCUCAGCCUGAGGACCAAGUGAAAGUGACCACCAGGGACCUUUCCAGCAACAAAGUCGCUGCAUCGGGCAGUGGAACUACAGCAUCCAAGAUAAGGCAUUGUGUAUAUGUGGACCCUACGUCAACCAUGCCCAUCACUUCAUCAGUGAAUGCAACCCCACCCCUAGGAAGUGUCAAUCUGACCCACCUGGAUGAAGAGGGAAGUUACCCAACACCCCCCUCCCAUGGAGAAUACCCUCAAGACCUUUUUAGCUUGGAGCAGCGCAGGAAAGGGUGGGUCAUACUUCACAUCUUUGGCAUGAUGUAUGUGUUUGUGGCCUUGGCCAUAGUGUGUGAUGAAUAUUUUGUCCCUGCCUUGGAUGUAAUCACGGAGAAGUUGCAGAUCUCCGAUGAUGUGGCAGGGGCCACCUUCAUGGCAGCAGGCGGAUCGGCACCAGAACUCUUCACCUCUCUCAUAGGUGUCUUCAUCUCACACAGCAACGUGGGCAUUGGCACCAUUGUAGGCUCAGCGGUGUUUAAUAUUCUUUUUGUCAUUGGCACCUGUGCCCUUUUCUCGAGGGAAAUACUCCACCUGACCUGGUGGCCCUUGUUUAGAGACGUCUCGUUCUACAUUCUAGACUUACUGAUGCUCAUCCUGUUUUUCUUAGACAGCUUCAUUGUUUGGUGGGAAAGCAUCCUUUUGUUGAGUGCCUACGCCCUCUAUGUACUCACCAUGAAAUGGAACGUUCACUUAGAACAAUGGGUGAAGGAACAGGUGAACAAGACAAGAAAUACCGUGAAGGCGGCCGCUUCUGAAUACACAAAGAAGCAAGGCAAUGGGUCAGUUGCAAGGGAUGGAGCAAAGCACUCAGAUGACAGCAAGAGACUGGAGCUCAUGCCAUCCUUACAGCGAGGAGGCAGCUCCGCCUCUCUGCACAACAGCCACAUGCGCACCACCAUCUUCCAGCUCAUGAUCCACACCCUGGACCCCCUGGCCGAAGCAAAGUUUAAAGACAAGCUUGACAUCAUGAGCAACUUGGCCACGGGCAAACUAGGCUCUCAGGUCAGACAAGGAGUGAAACCAGAAGCAGAGAACAAAGCGGAAGCAGAAUUAGCAACCACUGUUCAAGUAACGCCUGCCAGCGACUCCAACCUCAGCGUGGAGGAGGAUGAACACAGUGUGGACACACCGCCUGGCGGGCAGCUCUCUCCGGAUAUAGAAGGCAGCAGCUCUGAGGAGGAGGAAGAUUGUGAUGAUGAGAGUGAGGAUGAGGAGGAGGAGGAAGAAAAUGAUGAGCCGUUAUCCCUCAAAUGGCCAGAGACCCGGAGAAAACAAGCUAUUUACCUUUUCCUCCUGCCUGUUGUGUUCCCUCUCUGGCUCACAGUGCCCGAUGUUAGGAACCCAAGGUCUAGAAACUUCUUUGCCAUCACAUUUCUAGGAGCCAUCGCCUGGAUUGCAGCAUUCUCCUACCUCAUGGUGUGGUGGGCACAUCAGGUUGGAGAAACAAUUGGGAUUUCAGAAGAAAUUAUGGGUUUAACAAUCCUGGCAGCAGGGACUUCAAUCCCUGAUCUCAUCACAAGCGUUAUUGUUGCACGUAAAGGUCUGGGUGACAUGGCUGUCUCCAGCUCUGUGGGCAGCAACAUCUUUGACAUCACUGUUGGUUUGCCAGUUCCUUGGUUCCUUUAUUCGGUCUUCAAUGGACUCAGCUCAGUUGCUGUCAGUAGUAAUGGUUUGUUUUGUGCAAUUGUUCUGCUUUUUCUCAUGCUUUUGUUUGUGAUCAUCUCAAUUGCUCUAUCUAAAUGGAAAAUGAACAAACUAUUGGGGCUCACCAUGUUUGCUCUUUACUUUGUAUUUUUGAUCAUCAGUGUGAUGCUAGAAGAUAGAAUCAUAUCCUGCCCAAUAUCUGUAUGAGGCUUGGGUGUAACUACCAUUUGGGCAGCACACGACGAGGUGAUCUCCAUAGAC